AUGCCUCAAUUACCUUCGGUAUCUGAACUAAUAGGCUCCACCAGAGUUGAUACAGCUGCGAGCACGACAGUCGGGGCUUUUCCACCAUCAAGUUCAUAUGCAGACUACAGUCACAGGAAGGAUUCAACAACGUCGAUUUCCUCAAGCGGCAUACCAAGUGAGCCAUAUAGGAGACAAUCCACAGACCAAUCAAGACACCAGAGACUACCGUCGAUAUCAAACACCAUUUCAGUAUCAAACAGCAAGCGGAAUUCGAUCGACACGUCUCCACGUUCCUCGAUUCAUCUACCAGGUGUCUCAUAUGCCCUAGUUUCUCGCAACGAAAACGUCAACACUGAUAGCAUGGAGUCACUACCGAGCUCAAGGAGACUGACGGAAUCGACUGUCUACACUUCUGGUAACAAUCCCGCAGUUUACCUGACUCUUCCAACCCCGGGCUCUGCAAACUCGUUGCCUGGUCCAUCUUUCAAGUUUCAACAGCAACAGCAGCAGCAGCUGAAAUUGUUACAGCAUAGCGAGUCACAGAAUGCAGGAAUAGUGCGGCCACCGGUUGGCUCACCCAUAGGAAGCACCGAUAAGCUUCAGCCGUUGCACAUGUACAUUAGUUCACCUUCUACUUUACACAAACCACAACCACCACUACCAUCAGUUGCAACACAACUGACAGUAUCUCAUAACAGAACCAACUCAAAUACAGUGUCUCCUACUCAUAACGCACAUAGUGCAGCUCAAGGACACGAAAUAGUCGCUGACAAUGUCGAUACUUCCACAGUCCCUCAAUUAAUCAGGGUGCCUUCUGCAACCCCGUUACAUAUGAACCAUGGUUUCCCCGUUUCAAAAAGUGCUCCAACGAGUACCACAACGACUUCGUAUCCGCUGUACUUUUACCAUAGUGUGUCAUCAAGUGAUGGUCCACCCGCGCAGAAUAUGCAGCCGCCGCAGCCACAACCGCCGUCUUCGCAACCACCACACCAAGAACACUAUUACUCACACCGAGCACCUCAAGCGGUAUCAAUUACAACUCACACACCGCCUCCAUCUACAUCUUCUAUCCAGCAUCAAAAUCCACUCGCUACUGGCCCUGGAUAUUACGUUGUUCAACAACAUCAACAACAAUACCAACAGCCACAGCAAAUUCCACUUCCGCCAGCGGCUCCAACUCCCGGUCUGCACCAACAACAAAUGCAACCUUUUGCUCCACCAUUUCCCCCACAUGCAGUUCACCCGCAAGCCCUGCCCUACCAUGUUCAAGCACAUUAUGAUCCCCGUCAACUACCACCACCACCACCACCACCAACACAACUACCAGGAUCGGGUCUAUUAAUGGGUCUUCAACCUAGCAUGUAUCAUCCUUAUGGUGUUCCAUUCAAUGACGAGAACCAGGCGCUUAUGAAUAAACGCAAGAUUAUUAAACGAAGAACAAGAACUGGGUGUUUGACUUGCAGGAAGAGAAGAAUAAAGUGUGAUGAGAGGAAACCUUCGUGUUAUAAUUGUGAGCGUCUGAAGAAGGUUUGUUUGGGGUAUGAGAAUUUAUCGAAUUUGCAACCUAGAAAGAGAGUUAGAGACACAAGCUUGGAUUUGCCGACUGAUGGAUCAGGUGCUAUUGUGCAACAGCAACAGCACCACCAACAGCAGCAACAGAGUGGGGUGGAUCAACAACGAGGAUUUAGCGAACAUAGAAGUGCUGUGUUGUAG